AAGCCUCACAGGUAGCGGCGCAUGCGCGGAGGGCUCGGCUUUCCUGGUUGGAUUUACAGCCUCGGUAGAGAAUUGUGGAAGGGGAUUUCCUUUCUUACCCGCGAUAGGAGUUGCGAGGGACCAUGACCAAGCUGGGCCAGUGGAUGUCCACGCUGCUGGCGCUGAUGCUCAUCUGGCUGUGUCUGGUGCAGGACCUGCUCAACCUGGGAUAUAGUCAAAAAGUCCACGAUGUGCUAGUGCCCUUGCCCGUCUACCUGCUGGUCACCGCGGGCAGCUACAGUCUGGCCACCCUGGGCUUGCGCCUGGCCAGCUUCAAUGACUGCGAGGAAGCAGCCCAAGAACUGUUCCUGCAGAUCCAGGAAGCCCAGGCUGAUCUGGCCAGCAAGGGCCUCAAACUGUGAUUCCCCGGGCCGCCCCGGGGGUCCUUCCCCAGCUAAAUUAAAAGAGUAAAUGUGC